UCAUGAGUCACUCUUUAUGGAUUGGUCUCGUUCUCAAGUAGAGACUCGUGGAAUUAAUUAUACAAUAUGGCAACACGAGACCAAGAAAGCAGAGUAAAAUAGUGAGGAAAAGAACCAUUAAAUCUUUUUAAUUAUGGGAAAGACAAAAAGUGGUAAGAGAUUUGCUUCGGUUAAACGCAUCAUCAGUCCAAAAGAUGCUAGAAUCAAAAAAGAAGAAAAGAAGAAAAAAGAAACUAAAAAGAAGGAUGAAGAUGAAAUAAGAAAUGUGGCUCAGAACUCAUCAGCUUUGUUUUUCCAAUACAACACACAGCUUGGCCCUCCUUACCAUGUACUGAUUGACACAAAUUUUAUAAACUUCUCAAUCAAGAACAAACUGGAUGUUAUGCAGUCAUUAAUGGACUGUCUGUAUGCCAAAUGCACACCAUACAUUACAGACUGUGUAAUGGCAGAAUUGGAGAAGCUAGGACUGAAAUAUAGGCUAGCCUUAAAAAUAGCUAAAGACCCAAGAUUUGAGCGCCUUCCUUGUAUGCACAAAGGCACUUAUGCGGAUGACUGUUUGGUUAACAGAGUUACGCAGCAUAAGUGCUAUAUUGUCGCGACGUGUGAUAGAGAUCUGAAGAGGAGAAUUCGCAAGAUUCCAGGGGUACCUAUAAUGCAUAUAUCACAACGAAGGUACACCAUUGAAAGGAUGCCAGAUGCAUUUGGAGCCCCGAGGCAGUGAAUGAAGAUUUCUUUGAGCAUGAAUCGUGCAAAUUUUCAAGCAGCCGAAGUUCCUUUACUGCAGAGAGAUCCAUCUGUUUUGUUUCUUUUACGGAUCCUGGCUAUUGUCCAGAAGUCGCCAAGUUUAUUCUGAAUCCAUCGACUAUAAAAGCGGACAAUUUUCAGGCACAAUGCAGUGUAUCUAAGUAAAGUACGAUGAAGAACUUAACAGAUAACAAUAUUGAACUUUCUACGACCAUUUUCAUGCAUUGAGCUUUUAUUUUUCUUUAUUUUUGACUUAUGAUGUUCCCUUCCCUUUCAAUGAAUUCCUUUACUCAUAAUGCACCAAGUCUGAGAAGGAAAUAUUUAAGUUUUUAGCUUUAAACCCGGGUGGAUUUCACCCUUUGAUAGAAACUUUUGUCAUGAACACUUUUUUGAAAUCUAUACAACAGGGUAAAAUUUAUAAAUAGAGCAACAGAAAAGCUAGAUGGCUAUCAGUUGAAUUAGCUUCUCGUAAUCUUUUUAGGUUUUAGUUAAUUUCAGCUUGAGGUCUGUCGUUCUCGUCUGGUAUAUAAUAAACAUAUAGUAAAGAAUAUUUCUUGAGGUUUGUGUUGCAGCUCAGUUCAUUUGUUUUUAAUGGCAUUAAAAGUAAGCUUGUGUCAGAAUUUUAUUUACUUCCCGCGUAAAGUUCAAAUAAUGUCCAGAAUUUAUUUUUCAACUUACUUAUUAAUAUAGUAACCAAAACAUGCUUUACAAUUUGAACUAAAGCCAUGGGCUUUUGAUGUACGCAUGUGACAUAUUGGUAAACUAGU